GCACGUAUAUCCGCAAACGGCCGUACACGGGCAUCCAUAAGUCCCCGUUACAUAACCCGUUCACACGGAUACCGCACAUUUCCGCGCGCAGACCAGUUGUAGCUCACCAAGCCAUCCUUCUACCUACCUCAUAGGCGUACAAGUGGCGAGUAGAGGUAACAUGGCCACUGCAACUGUAUCGCAGCCUCCUAUCGCCCCUGGUAUACCGGCUCGGAACGAUAGUAGUGAUAGUUCUCGCUCCAGCCAGACCAGCACCGAACAGGUGAAGCUCGCCACCCCGCUUCACACCUCGUCCUCGUUUCCGUCAAAACGUCAUCAUGGAGGCCGUAGCCAGCCGGACCGCGCCGCCUCACCCAAGCCGUGGAAGACUUUCGUCAAGGCCUUCAAGCACAUCCGCGACCUGACGCCCAAGGAGGUCGACGACUUCAUGUCCUCGUACGAGAUCUACAACCUCGACUGGGCCGACGAGGCCGAGAUGAUCAAGGCCUUCGGGCCUAACUACCAACAACGCGUCGGCGACUGUCUCCGCGCGUACUACUCGGUGCUCAACCACCUCUGCAGCCUCGGCGACGUGGAGAAGAUGUACAUCCCGCCGCUGAUGGACAAGAAGGCCUCCGUCCUUGACAACCAACUGCUGUACGAAGAGUCUGUCGCGGAGGAUGUUGGCCUGAAGGAGGGCAUGAAGGUGCUGGACCUGGGAUGCGGUCGUGGCCGGGUCGCCGCCCACAUGACGAGUUUCAGCGGGGCGCAGGUCACCGGCCUCAACAUCGACGCGAACCAGAUCGCGCAGGCUAAGGAGUUCAACGAUGCCCGCGGGCUCGCCAACGAGUUCGUGGUCCACGACCAGAACGACCUGCCGUUGCCUUUCGAGGACGCGUCUUUCGAUGCCUUCUACGAGAUUCAGGCAUUGAGUCUGUGCAAGGAUCCUUCGGCCCUGUUCAAGGAGAUCUAUCGGGUUCUCAAGCCUGGCGCCAAGUUCUCGCUACUAGACUGGGUUAGCCUGCCACCGUACAACCCAGAGGACCCUGUCCAUGCAGGCCUCAUGCGCCGAGUCAAGCCUUUGAUCGGCGCCGUCGGCACUCCGACACCGGCUUCCUUCGAGAAAGCGCUCGUGGACGCCGGCUUUGCCGUUACCAAGUCGGACAACCCUAGUAUCGGCGGCCUGCAGGCCCCGCUCAUCGACAAAGUCGACAUCUACUUCCGCUCCGUCAGGCGCGUCAUCCACGGCCUCGUCCGCCUGCGCGCCCUGCCGUUACAUUUCAAGACCCUCAUCGAUAGGUUCUGUCUCGACGGCCAGGCCUUUGUUAAGAUGGAUAACAUGCGCCUCAUCACCACGACUUAUCGCAUUGUCGCCGAGAAACCCUCGUCAUGAUAACCGACCUGGCCGAAAAGAGAGGGGGGGGGGGAGGAAGAGAGAGGACGGGCAAGAGCCAAUUAUUUUUAGCACCAUGUACUUGGCGACAUGUCGGAAGCUUACCGCUAG